GUUCGGGAUAUGGAUAUCACUUUUAAUGAUUUUGGGUAUCGGGUACCCGAGCCGUUAGUACUAACGGUACAGGGUCCGUCCCAUGCUCACCCCUACCGAUAGGCGAUGAACCCCCUCAAUUUGUUCGUCCGUAACAUUGAAUAGCGGUUCAUCGCCUAGGUUACGGACGGACUAACCUAUAAUGUUAACGUAAUAGGUAAGUUCGUUCAAGACUUCAACCUGUAAUCCCCUCAAAAAAAAAAAAAAAAAAAAAAGACUUCAAUCGCACUGUAGUUUGCUGUUAUAGUCUAUUCCAUCCGUCUUGAUUCUUGAAGAAUGCCGGUGAGAGUUUCCGAGAAUUCUGUACCUUCGCAAAUUCCAGGUUCAUGUUCUGGGCACACCUCUCCUCCACCUUGUACCUUACUUGGCGUUGGGCAGGCAUUUUCUGGAACUCAAAAUGUUUCCAGUGUACAAAAGGACGAAGCUUGGAGAGUCAAUGUACGUAUACAAGGUUGUGACCUAGAGCAUGGAUAUCUGUGUGGCACAAUGGAAGCUCUUAAUGUUCCAAUGGCAGAUACACCAGUGGUGACUUUUUGGGAAGGGGAAAUUGUUGAUACCAAGAAUUAUACCUUCUUCACUGGAAAAUGGGAGGCAACGCCUGAGGAUGAUAUUAGGCACUGGACAAAAUUUCAGUCCUUUGCACCCCUUUUGAGUCAAGUGGAGGUUGAUGGUGGGAAGUCACUGGACUUGAGUAACUAUCCAUUCAUUUUCAUGAGAUGGAAGGAACAGUAUUUUGUAAAUGUUGGUACUGACUGCGGCUUAACAAUAGCGGGCUUUUAUUACGUAUGCUUCUCCUGUAAUGAUGGCUCCAUUAAUGGCUUCUACUAUGAUCCUAAUAGCAGUCCUUUUCAGAAGCUGGAGUUAAAAUCUAGUAAUGAAGGGAGGUCUGGCUUCAGUUUUUCAACGUAUGAGUUACAAUGAAGAUUGUAUAAUCAUAAUAGUGAAUGCUGUUGAAACUGCCCUGACUGAAGAUAUCCCAAAUGCAAAUUCAGAUUUAUUAGAAAUCGACUUGUAAAAUUAGGGGCUGCUUGGUUGUAAGAUUCUCGUUUUCAGUUAUACGUUAACAUUCAAUUAUUCAUAGAAUGAGUACCAAAAUUAAGAAAUGUUAAUUCAACAAUUUGAGUGUCCUUUGAUGCUUUGUUUUGGUAGUGUGCCAUGAGUAAUUGACAGAAAUUAUUUCCAUGUCUUGGUUCAUCACUCAAAAACUAACCAUUUUAGCUAGUUGACACACAGUAUUCAAGUCUAUUAUAUUUUUGUCAGUAUUCCCUUGGUUAUUACCACCUAUUA